AAAUCAUCAAGAGCGAAUUUCCUACACUGGAAAUCUACCGGAAAAUGAAAUCACUCGAAUCAUUAUUAAGCCUCACCAAGCCGACACGGCGUCAGAAUUGACUAGGGAAUGACUCUAGGAUGGACUCUAUACUUAACAAAACUCUAAGCAACUCAACCGAGUUAGCCUUGACCAUUGAACAAUACGAAUUUCAAGAAUUUCUUCACGAUGACAUAGCUGUUGUAGUUUACCUGAUUCUGUUGUGUUUUGUGGGAACCAUUGGGAACGGUCAUGCUUUUAUUGUGUAUCAUGUAAGAUAUAAACCCUCAAACCACAGAACUUUUGUGGUCUGGUUAGCCGCCAUUGAUUUUGUUGCAUGUGCAGUCAGUGCUCCAUUUGAAAUUGUGGAUAUUCGCCAUGGGUACACGUUUGACUCUGGUGCUGCUUGCAAGUGUUUCCGGUUCAUUAACCACGUAGUCAGUAUUGCUUCAGGACUCAUGUUGGGAGUUAUAGCCAUAGAACGAUAUAGAAAGGCAUGCUGUCCAUUUGGAAGACAAAUAUCCGAGAAAGAAGCAGCCAUCGCAUGUAUGGUCACUGUUGGUGUGUCCAUUCUUUUGGCAAUUUCUUCUUUUUAUUUGUACGAUGUAGCGGAAAAAUCCACUGACAUUCCAGGACUCUCGGGCACGGAUUGUACAACGGGCUCAAGUGAAGGACAGCAAUCUUUUUUCCGGAUCUAUUCCCUUCUUCUGUUACUUAUAAGUACUGCUAUUUUCAUUUUAUGUAUCGUUGCAUAUUCUUUCGUUGGUAAGAGUUUGUACAAACAAAUGACCUUCCGUCAAUCGGCUCAGCUUAAAAAUGUAAAGAAAACCUUGAGCGGAAACUCCGUCAGUAGCGAAAACAAAGUGAGUGCCUCGUCUGUCCACCUAAAAAUGGUGUCUAUGAAACCCGAGGGUAGCAGUUCUCACCACAUUCAAGACGAAGAAUCCAGUGUCUAUUCCAAUAAAAACAAAAUAACUCUGAAUACUGUUGACAAACCUUCCAGUAAGCCUAUGAUAAAAGGGAAAGCCAGGUUGGAUCGAACCAGAAGGAUCACUCUGAUGUUUCUCAUAGCCACUGCUGUGUCUUAUGUUGGAUACCUACCAAACCUCAUCAUUCUCGUCAUACGGGCAGCGCAACCCUCGGCUUACGAAAACCUGGCACGUAGUCUCGGAAUGUUCACACCAGUUCUUCUGCGCGGAUAUUUCUUGAGCAAUGUAACAAACCCUUUAGUGUAUUGUUUUGUAGACGAUAGAUUCCGCAAGGAAUGUAAUUUAUUGUAUAGCAAAGUAUUUAAACUUCCUUCUAAAUGGAAAUCUCAGACAGUGUAACGUUCAUUAUUGUUGUCAUAUCAAUCUUAUUUCU